AUGCUGGGGGUAUUCACAGGUGACACAAGAAGGAGGAAAAUGAAUCUAGGGACCAGAUCCCGUACAACUAAGGAUGAUCUGAUUAAAAAAGCACAACAGGAGCGUGAAAGAAGAGCUUGUGACCGGGCUUUUGAAAACGCAGCAAGACGUAUCCAACGUGAGAUCAAAAAGUACCUAGCAUGCAGAACAUUAUUCUGUAAAGAUGUUAUUAAAAUGACUACCAAUCAGUAUUCGAGGUUGAUACCUGCGUAUGGUAAUAAACUUUUACAAUAUCAAGAUAAAGACACUUUUAGAAUGCUACUAAAGAAAUCAAGGGAUUACAUUAAUGAUGUGGCUCCAGCGGACCUCGUAGCGACUCGUGUAGUGAAUUUACUAACAAGCUAUGAAGAUGAUUCAUUGUUUGUACCAACGGUAGGAUUACUCGAUUCCUGUCAUCUUUCUUCGUUUAAUACAGUCAUAACGAAUGGCCUUUUACCAUUUUUAAAUAAUACGAAGGAUCUUUCAUCUGAAUCUAUUGACAAGAUUUGUCAAAUCCUUCUAGAUUGGGAUCAAACAAGUCAUUUUAAUGGUAAUGAAACGUUGGAUUUAACUCGUAUUUAUGAACUUCCCACUCGUGAGAUGCAGAAGUCAUCAAUGACUGAUUUAUAUACAAAAUUAUUUCAGCGUAAUUUAAGACCUUCACUUUAUGUGGAAAAGGAAUCCAAUAUAGUAAACAUCUUUGAUAAUUUAUGCCGUAUCUUUCAUUUCCACAUGGCAACUUCAGGAGAACGAAUGACUGUCAUCCCAUAUCUUCUAGCAUAUGUUCCGGAUAUCAAAAAGAUCAGAUUGAAUGAUAAUGUUAGUGAUGCUGAUUCAGAUACUGAUAUGGAUGCUGAUCAUACUACUGAUAAUGAAAAAAGCAACGAUAUCAUAGAUAUAUUUUCCAAAGUAGUAAGUAACCCACACUUUCUUGAUGCUUUAAUGAAUCAAUUUUUAUCAUCCCUAUCGCCAUUGGUAAAGAAGGAGGAUAUGUACCUCGUACUCGAAAAGAUUAAACGGGUCAUUCAAAUAUGUGAUAAGAAUUAUUUGAAAUACACAGUGCUACUUAAUUUAUUAAGUAAAGGUAAUGAUACUAAAAUGUUAAUUAACAAUUUAUUCUAUGAGGAUGAUGAUUCAAGUUUGUAUCUGAUGAUUGAAUUCAUUAAUAUGCAUAUGAUCACAACAACAGAUUAUGAUCUAUUAAGUAAUAAUAACGAUGUCAUAACAAUAAGGAUGUUAUUUGAUUUCACAAAAUUUUUAAAACUAUCUGUUUUCAACGAUAUGUGGAAUAAUCAACAUCCAAAAAGAUCUGAUUGUUUUCAAAUUGGGUUAGAUUUAUUGAAUAAGAUCUAUUUAAGGGAUUCAAGAACAGGAUUUGUUACAAAGUUGUGGGAUGCUUGGUAUGAAAAGAAGACAGGGAGAAGGCCCACAGGGAAGGACUCAUUCUGGUGUGUUGGAGUUGAUGAGAAAUUCAUGCAUUUGAAAAUAUUCGAAGAAUUCUAUCGUUUUUCCGAAUUCUACACUAUGGGUUAUGAAAGAAUAGAAAUAGGAGAAUUAAAUACUUACCAUUACGAAGGUAUAAAGGAUAUACCAAGCUUAAAGAUGAAAUUAAUCUCUAAACGUCACCAAGGACAGAUAAAUCUUGAUCGAUUCCAAACUGCAGGUGACAGAAAGUUAGAAAUAUUAUUGUUAGCACCAUAUUUUGUACCGUUUGAAGAACGUAUUGAAUAUUUCCAUUUCAUUAUUGAGAAGGAGAAAGGUAAACUGCAGGCCCUUGCUGAUCAAACACCAUCACCGGGCCCAUACCAAUUGCAAUAUCCGUUUCUUCUUAAUAGACCUCAAUUUGGCGAUGAAGCAAGGACGUCUAGUAGUGGUAGUGGUAGGUAUAGCGGUAGACGAAGGGGUACCAUUUCUAGAGAUAGUAUUCUUGAGGAUGCUUAUAAUUCAUUUGGUGACAUCGGUGAAGGUAUGAAAAUGAAACUUGACGUUACAUUUGUUAAUGAAUUUGGACCUGAAGCGGGUAUUGAUGGGGGUGGUAUUACCAAGGAAAUGUUAACUUGUGUAACUGAUGAAGGUUUUAAAGACCCCGAAAAAGAAUUAUUUCAAACAACCGGCACUUAUAAAUUAUAUCCUAUGAUAGCGAAGAAUGGUAUAACAAGAGAAAAGGGUAAAUAUUUUGAGUUUAUGGGUGCAAUAUUGGGGAAGUGUUUAUAUGAUCAUGUUUUAAUUGAUGUCCAAUUUGCAAAUUUUUUCUUACAAAAAUUAUUAAAUUGUUCAAAUAAUUUCCUUGUUGGAUUUGAUGAUUUAGUUGAUUUAGAUCCUGUUUUGUACAGGAAUUUAUUGAAAUUAGUUUCCAUGUCUGCGACGGAGUUAAAGGAAUUGGACUUGAACUUUGAAAUUACUUCGGCAACUGGAGAUGGUACAGUGGAAUUGAUACCCAACGGGGCCAAUGUUAAAGUUAGCAAAGAGAAUGUUCUAUUAUAUUUGACAAAAGUUAGUGACUAUAAAUUGAAUAUUAGCAUAGCGAUACAGACACAACGGUUCCACGAUGGGUUAAUGUCUAUAAUCAAGCCGUUAUGGAUGGAACUUUUCAACGCUAGAGAAUUACAGAUGUUAAUAUCUGGGGCGGGGAAAGAUAUUGAUUUGAAGAAUCUGAAAGAGAAUACUGUAUACGGUGGAUAUGUGGAAACAGAUCUCACAAUAAGAUAUUUCUGGGAGAUUCUUGAAGAAUUUACAACUGAACAAAGAUUCGAAUUUGUUAAAUUUGUUACCUCAGUUCCACAGGCGCCACUCAGAGGAUUCCAAACGUUAGAACCCCUGUUUGGUAUACGUAAUGCGGGUUCAGGGGAUCUUGGUCGAUUACCCACGGCGUCUACUUGUGUUAACUUAUUAAAACUACCAGAUUAUCAGAACAAAACUAUUUUAAAAGAAAAAUUACUGUAUGCCAUCGAAGCUGGUGCUGGAUUUGACUUGUCAUAA